ACUUCAGCAGUCUCACACUGUGCAGCUAGGUGGAGUAGCUGAUGUCCUUUUAAGCUUGCACAUUUUGUGGGACACUUCUUGAGCAGCUGUGUAACUGGAGUGAGAGCACAUACAGACAGGCUCCUCUUUCUCUCUCUCUCUCUCUCAUUCUCUCUCUCCCCACAGGACUGGCUUCCAUCCCAGCACAGUCAGCCCAGGUUCAGUUGGUAUUUUCAAUCCCAGUUUGACAUUUCCAACCAUGGCAGACACCAUGCAGGCAGAAGCGCAGGAACUGAACCUGAACCUGAACCUGGAACAGGAGCACGACCAGGAGCGGGAGCAGGAGAGCCCGGAGCCCCCAGAGCCGCAGAAGCAGGAUGAAAGCUCAAAGUCAGAGCCUCAGUUCAACGGGGUGCUGGUGCUCACUCUCCUGGACAAAGUGGUGGGAAUGGUUGACCAGAUCCAAAACAGCCAGCAGCAGCUGGAGCAGCGGCACCAGGAGAUGGAAAACGCCGUGUUCAGCAUUCAAAGCGAGCUGAGCAAACUCACCAAGUCGCACACAACCUCAGCAAACAGUGUCAACAAGAUGCUGGAGAAGAUCCGCAAAGUCAGUGUCAAUGUUAAGACCAUCAAGCAUAACAUGGAGAAGCAGGCAACGCAGAUCAAGAAGCUCGAAUCAAACGAGGCCGUGCUGCUGAAACGGAAUAACUUCAAAGUAAUGGUCUACAGGGAUGAAACACCAAUGCCCGUGAAAUUGAGCCUCGGGAAGUCUGUGAAAGAAAGCCUGAAGGCUCCCGAAGAAAGUGAAGCAGGAAAAGAGCUUGUGACCAACGAGGAGAAGCCUGAAGGUGAUAACAUCUCACUCUCCUCUGAUGAAGAGGUUGAACUUGAAGUAAUUGAAGAGGAAACAACAGCCGUCCGUGUCAAGAAGACUAGCAUGAAGCGAAUGGAAGAUUUCAAGAAAGCAUUCUCCAAGGAAUCAAUGGAAAAGGCUAAGCAAAAGACAAGGGAUAAUCUGCAGAAGACCCGGCUGAGAACAAGGGAGAGCGUGGAGAAGACCAGGGUAGCGACAAGGGAAAAUCUGGAAAAGACCAGGCACACACUUGAAAAAAAAAUGAAUAAGAUCGGCAACAAGAUAGUAACACAGGAACGGAAGGAGAAGAUGAAAGACUCCAGAUCAAGGCUGAGGAAGUCCUUCUCACCAAAUCAUCAAAAGACAGCAAGGUGUCGGACGACCGUCUACAGGAUCCCACCGUUUACCUUCUUGGUUAAAAAGAUGAGAGACGGGGAUGUGGUGGUGCAGGAAGUCGAGAUGAUGGAAAGCCAGGGAGAGGAACACAUUGUAGAAGAUGAAGACAACACUGAUCUCCUUAUUGAAGAAAUCCACGAGGAAUCACUGGAGGAUGAUGCGGAUUUUGAGACCGAACACCUGCUUCAGAAAAGGAGAAUUGAGUAAUGACUGUAUUGAUGUCACGUGGUUCUUGCUCGUUGGCUGAAGCAAAUAGGAAGAACAGAGCAAAAUGUUUUCGGAAUAGUAGACUGUAAAGUACAAAUGCGUUAGGAAAUUUGUGUUGCGCGACUUUAUAACCCUCUCAUCUCAGUUAUUCGAAGACCAUUGCCAGUAAACCUUGCAUUGGUGAGGUAAUGCAAACCUGUUUGUCAUCUCUUCACUGGAAUACUCAGCAGACCUUCAGUUCCCAGUUUUGGGGGAACAGCCUUUUUUUUAAAUGUUCCAGUGUCCCUAUAAGUUACAUUAUGAGAGCAUUAAGUAAUGAGGUGGAUUUUCCUCAGUAGGACCCACAGCCUGCUUCUACCAUGACUUCCCUUGAAUUAAAUCACGUGGGUGUGUCAGAAUAUAGCAAUACCCACACUUUGUCAGUUGGAAACAGCCACACAGUCUCUGGUUGCUGUCAACACUGUUGAGGUUUUUCAGUGUCUGAACUUCAAACACUUUGAAAAACUAUGGAAUUUAAAAAAAAUACAUUAAAAUGUAGUAAUGGCAUCAACUAAAAUGACCUACAAAUAGUUUUGAAUAAUGAAAUCAUUCAACCUAUUGCUCAACCAAAUAAUUUAAAAACAUUGUAACGUAUCUGUGUUUCUCAUAGUUAUACAGCUUGUGGAUCCUACAUCAGUUGUAAGUUUGAAUUCAGACCUCUGCAUUCACAUGGGGUUCCCAAAACCAACCAGUCCGUUUGUUGGGGAAUGCCAAUAGUUUUAUGUGUAACUCCUGGCAAAACCCAGCAGACCAAAUGUGAAAGGUGUUCUGAAAUAAGUAGGUGAGCAAUUUUAGUAAAUUCUUUCCAAACUGAGAUGGAUGUUUCAAUCAAGUGGAUAUAUAGUGUUGGAACAAUUAAUUUCUGUAUUAGAGACACUUGUAUAUAAUGAAAGGUUUUAAAGGUAGAGUAUCUUUGAUUAUUAUAAAGAUGUAUUCAGGUCAUCAGCCUUUUUUAUCAAUGAGGUUAUUAAUUUCCUGUUAUUAAUUUUAUUUCCCCACAGCAGAAUAAUAUGCUGUGUUGAUUUAUCAAUGAUUUUAUUAACAAUCCAAGAACAAAAUGAAAUCUUCCUUUUUUUUUCCUGCUGCACUAACAUCAGCAGCAACAUAAAAUAUGAUCUAAUUAAAUAACUUUCAGGGCUGAGUUCUAAUGACAUUAGCUAAUGAUGACAGUUGAAAAUAUGGAUUAAAGUUUGCGUAUUGCAACACUACCUGGGGAGAGACAAAAUUAAGCCUUGUCCUCCCAUUCAGGAGAGUUGGAACUUGGAACAGUCAGGAUGUGAGAUGAAGGCCAGAGAAUAGGGAAUGAUUCGGAACGUUAAUGUGCUAUGUAUUGCUAUGGCAAUAGAACAGGAUAAAAGUGGAAAGAAAUAUUGCUCUUGCCAACGAGUGAAAAAGGAGACCUUGUAUGACGUCAAUACUUUUGGCUACAUUAAAUGAAAUAUCUUUUGCAUUCAUGGCAUAGCUCGAUAAAUCAAUUACUGGAUGCAUUUUACCUUUCCAGUUUUCAGUAAUUUGCUUUUACACGCAGUAAUUAUAUUACCAGGCAGAGCUGUAGUGUGUUGCAUGAUACCAGCAUUACUGCUGCAUCACUAUUGUAUAAUAAUUAAAAUUCAUUUUAAGAAUUUAUAUACAUACUGCAUCAACCUGCUGUAGCAGUUGCUUACACGUAAUUGAAGAUAGUUGAUGAGAUGUGGAAUUAACGUCUUGUACUUUGGGGAAAGGAGAUUUUGCAGCUCCUCAAGGAAUUUAUACAUUUUUCUUCAUUAUAUAAUCUUACCGAGAAACAGUCCAACGCUUUAGUUUUUUUUAAAUAUCUAUGCAAUAAUAUGCAAAGCUUUUUUGCAUUUAUAAAGAAUAUAUUAAAAUGAUUAUAUCUGUCAUGUCGUCACCAGAUGUGCCACUAUGAAUCAAGUAGCUGCUGUAAAUCUGUAUUUACGUUUUCCUGCCAGCAGAGGUGCUAUGGAGCCAUAACUGGCAAGACCAGGCUCAUUAGACCAAAACAAAUUCAUCUUCUCACUGUCCGCUGUCAAUGAAAAUGUAAAGCAAAGGCAAAAUGUGUCACCUUCAAAUUGGCUCUGUCUGUACGGUCUCAUCCAAACAUCCUCUGCCUAUUAUUUCUCUUUAGUAUUAAUUUCUGAUAAGUAAUAUCAGGGGAGAUUGAUAAGUAAUAUUUUGCAAACCAAUGGAAAAGCCAAAAUAUAAAUUAGUGAUUCAACUUUCCAUUAGUUAGUGACCAUAUAAUUAUAUAUUGUGGUAUUAGAAUGUGUUCUUAAGAUUUGUAUGAAAAAUUAUUGUCUGCAAUUAUAAUGAAUAUUUAUUUGAAAUAAAUAGGUCAUUGGCUGCUCAAUUAGUAAAAAUGACAUUUCAUACAAAUGUGUCAAAUGCUUCUACUACUGUAGUUAGCUUGGAUUCCAUAAAUAGGCACAUCCACUGUUUUGUCUUGUCAAUUGGAAAUCUGCAGUUAAAAUAAUGUGGCCUGAUACCUUUUGGAAAGAGGAUAAAAGUUUCCAAGUACCAUACCUUAAAAAGUGGACAUUACAAGUCAGAAAUCUAACAGCAUAUUGAUAGUUGAUGACAGUGAACAGUUAUUAUUUUUAGGAAGAGGCUUUAAGACCAGUUGGCACGUUUCAUCUCAGUAGAGCAGCCACACACACCUGCUUUUCAGUAUUUGCACCAAUCUCUUCAUUGUGGAGAAGCUUACUAAAUUUGCUUUGCCUCAAAUAUAUUGUCUAUUUCAGUUAUAUGAGUCUUCUUGCCAAUUUUACUGCCAAUCCCAAGGUUAAAAGUCAUUCUUCCUUAAGCUUUGAAAGCACACUGUAAUACACAACUUCCUUUUUUUAAGACUGUAUUUGUUUAACGGAACUGCAAUUUUCUUCAAAUGUAUGUUUCUAUAGAGUGAUGAUUUGGUUAAAUGUACGACUGUACUCUGGCUAGCAGCAUGGUAGGUAAAUGACUUAUCUAAUAUCUGUAUUUUUAAGAUUAAUACAACAGAAUUGAUACUUAGCUUACUCUUUGUCAGUAUAAUAAUAGCAAUUAUGGGGAAACAAUAUACAGCAGACUUUACAUAUUUGCCAACUAUAUACUGUACUUCCAUUUUGCUUAACAAUUCAUAAUAAAAAUCAGUCUCAUAGACAUGAA